CAGAACUAUCCGACUUAUUUUGAUAUACGCAGUUAAUUAUUAUAUUUUUAUCUAAAUUUUAGAAAACAUUUAGAAAUCGAAGGAUUUUAGCUGAAUCAACAAAACGAUUGUUAAAAACUAUGGUGUUUGUAGUCCAGUUUACUUUACUGGUUGUGGUUAUCAAACAUGCCGCUGGUCAAACCUGUCUUUCUAAUGAGGCCAAGGAAGACUUUGAUAAAUCAAGGAAAGCCCUGACAGAUGUACAGGAAAAUAUUGGAAAUGCUACUAAUAAACUAGAAGAAGAUAAUAAAAAGUUACUGGGCACGUUUAAAGACACUGUUAACACCAUGGGCCAAAAGAUCAAGAAACUUGACACUGAUUUAAAAGACACUGUUAACACCAUGGGCCAAAAGAUCAAGAAACUUGACACUGAUUUAGAAGACCUUGAAAAGCAAUUUGAAAAUGACAACAAAAAGACACUAGAUAUGUUUAAAGAAAGUCUUAAUAUCAUGGGUCAAAAGAUAAAGAAACUUGACACAGAUUUUAAAGUUCUUGGUGAAGAUUUUCGCAAAACAAAAUGGUACAAAUAUAACGGUCAUUGCUACUAUUACAGUUCCGACAAAGCAUACUGGUUUACGGCGGAAAGAAAAUGUAGAGACAUUGGAGGAUAUAUUGUUAAAAUUGAUGACAAAGAAGAAAACAGUAACAUUGCAGCAAACAGAGAAAAAAGUGGUAAUCACUACUGGAUUGGAUUGACAGAUCUUAAAGAAGGGGAGUGGCGAUGGACCUAUGAUCAGUCGAAAGCUGAGUUUACAAAUUGGAUUUCUGGUUAUGGUGCCAUGGGGACAAACAAUAAUUGUGUGCUGAUACAUGUUGGUAAAGAAGAUUGGUUUGAUAACAACUGUGAUUACAGUACUUAUUACAUUUGUGAAAGCAAUUUCUGCUUCUAA